AAAAAAGGGGACCAAUCCCAAGGCUGUUCUCUUUCUUCUCCCUCCUCUCUCUCUCUCUGUCGAACUCUCCUCUCGUGUCGUUGGUUUGCCUUUACCUGCCCUUCUUCGACGGACGCGCUUCGGGGUUUUCCUGUUUUCGCCCCUCAACUUUCCCAUAUUUACCAGACGGCCCCACAAAACCUUCCCCUAUUUUGCUCGCAUUCAACCCGACUCACCACCUCACCAUCCUCUCAAUUCUUGAACCUCCAAUUCCGAUCAAUCCUCGCCUCCGAUCCUCAGUUUCCCCCUCGACGCUGUUCCUGGAACCCGAUUAGAGCUUCGGAAAUUGAACCCUACAGCCUCGGCUCGGAUCCUUGCUUGGUUUUCGUUUCCGACGAGGAACCUUGCCCAUCUUCAGAGGAAAAGGUCAACAUUUGUCUAGUUGCUGGUGACGGGGAAGCGGUGAUUGAGCCCGGAGCCCCGGUUUUAAGGUUUAUAUAAACUGGAGCUAUCGGGAUGUUAGUUUUCAGUAGAAACAGCUUCAGCAAGAUCAUCAGCUGUUUCUGUCAUCUGUCUGAAUGGCACCCACUGGAAUAGCAGAGCUGAUCUGGGCUUGAAAGCCCCGCAUCCUCGCCCCUUCCAAGCAUCAGUUUUGGUAUCCAUUUUUUUGAGUGCUGAGAUAUUGGGAACCUGGGACAAACCCUAUUUGGGAAUCUUGUCAUGUUUACUAAGAGCUAUCCACUUGCAAGAUUCAUGGGCUGCUGCAGCUGCUUUGGGUUUGCCCGGAGGCCGAAAAGACCAUUCCAGCCCAUUCCGGGAUACAAUAACCACCUGUCUCAGUCCCAGGAGCUGUUGUUGGAUGAGGAAGAUGAUAUAGAAGACUAUGAUGAUCGCUCAUAUAAUGGUGAUACCACCAACACUGCCCACGGCGACGACGGGGAACUGCAGAGCCGUGCAAAACGCUCUGAAGAGAUUUUGAGGCUAAGAGAACAGAAUGGCUUGAUUUGCAGGCAGUAUCCUGUUAAGGAAACCCACCAACUUAUUCGUUCAGAGGAUGAAGAUGGGAACAAGACAAUCAAUGAGUAUGUCAGAGAGCGUAAAAUUGGUUCUGGUAGCUAUGGCAAAGUGGUUUUGUAUCGAAGCCGUGUUGAUGGGAAGCAUUACGCAAUAAAGGCCUUUCAUAAGUCUCACUUGCUGAAGCUCCGUGUUGCGCCUUCAGAGACUGCUAUGACUGAUGUUCUUCGAGAGGUUUUGAUCAUGAAAAUGUUGGAUCAUCCUAAUAUUGUCAACCUCGUUGAGGUGAUCGAUGACUUAGACACAGAUCACUUCUACAUGGUUCUUGAGUAUGUUGAUGGCAAAUGGGAUUCCGAUGGAUCAAGCCCACCUGUGGGCAUUGGAGAAAAUACUGCUAGAAAAUAUCUUAGGGAUAUCGUGUCAGGGCUGACAUACCUCCAUGCACAUAACAUAGUUCAUGGAGACAUCAAACCUGAUAAUCUUUUAGUGACUCGUGCUGGCACCGUGAAGAUUGGAGAUUUCAGUGUCAGUCAAGUAUUUGAGGAUGACAAUGACGAGCUUCGGCGAUCUCCAGGGACCCCUGUCUUCACUGCACCUGAGUGCUGUCUCGGUCUGUUCCUUUUUCCAGAGGAGAUGAAGGGUCUUACUUACCAUGGAAGGGCUGCUGACACGUGGGCCGUUGGUGUUACCCUAUAUUGUAUGGUAUUAGGGCAUUAUCCAUUUCUUGGGGAAACUCUCCAGGACACAUAUGACAAGAUUGUUCACAGCCCAUUAGUACUUCCCGACACUAUGAACCCGCAGCUGAGGAAUUUACUGGAGGGAAUACUCUGCAAAGACCCAACUCAGAGGUUGACAUUAGAAGCUGUUGCAUCACACGAGUGGCUCAUCGGAGAAGACGGUCCUAUCCCUCAAUAUCUAUGCUGGUGCAAGCGGAAGUCUCUGCAGGGGGCUGAACCCAACAUGAACAAUGAAGAAGAUAUGUGAAAAUUUCACUAACUGCAAUUUUUGUUUGUUCAUUUGUAGUUUGGAAACUGUCGAUAUGUAUAGGUGAAACCCUUGUAGGUUACCGUUUUCCAUCUGGAGGUAGCUGUGAGGAAGACUUCUAUCCUUAUAUUAAGAAGAGAGGAUGUAAGGCUGUCUCAUUUAUAGUAUGAAGGUGGAGGAGGAUGUGAGCUUUUGGUUGCGAUUCGAUGAGGAAAAGAUUUGCUCUCAUUGCUCGCUAAAUUUUUCCUUAUUUUCUUGGUAGAUUGAUCGGCAAUGGUUCCUUGUGAGUGUGAGCACAUACUUGAUGUUAUUGUGCGUUUCAUUCUCUUCUUA